AUGAAGAUCGUUGUUUUGGCGGCAGCACUCUCCAUUGCGGCUGGCACUGUUGCCUCGCCCCGCAACUCGAACGGGCACGCUAAUACUAAGUCUGCUACCGCGGAACAGCUUGGGGCCAUGUCGGAGCAAGACGCCCACUCCCUGCCCGUCCCCACCGACUUGCUCUACCCACCAAGCUCCCUUGAAGAUUCCGGCGACGACGGCGACGACGGCGACAACGGCGACACCCACCAACCCCCCCUGAAGAUUCCGGCCACGACGGCCACGACGGCGACAACGGCCACGACGGCGACAACGGCCGACAACGGCGACAACGGCGACAACGACGACAACGGCGACCACGGCGACCACGGCGACCACGGCGACAACGGCGACAACGGCGACAACGGCGACAACGGUCCUCCCGGUCCUACCGCUCCUACCGCCCCUACCGCCCCUCCGCCCCCACCCCCUCCCGGCCCGGUGGGCAGGGAUGGUACCGUCCCCAUCCAACGCUGUUAUGCCCCGUCGCUUCAUGAUCACAUGACUACCGACGAACAAGGCGGCCCGGGCAGCCGCUGCGAGAACCACCCUCUAUACAACCACGAGGGCCCCCUCGGCUUUGUAUACUCCAGCCAGCGCCCGGGCACUAGUCCCAUUUACCGCUGCUAUGCCGCGCAGCUUCAUGAUCAUAUGACUACCAGGGAGCCGGGCGAGCCGGGCACCCCCUGCGAGGGUAGUCCUUUUUAUCAGCACGAAGGGAUCCUCGGCUACGUAUUCAACAACCAGGCCGAUGGCACCAUUCCCCUGACUCGCUGCUAUGCCCCGUCGCUUACAGAUCAUAUGGACACCCUCCAGCCGGGCGAGCCGGGCAGCCACUGCGAGAAUCAUCCUUUAUACGUACACGAAGGGGUCCUCGGAUACGUAGUCGCUUAA